AUGCGCGGCCGUACGGUCUUUGCCGUCCUUGUCGGGUUAGUGGUAACAGCAGUCGAGGGUUUCGUACCAACGCGGAGACAAACAUCGACAUCCUUUGCAGGAAGUAACGAGUACUUUCUUCAUGCGCUGUCUGCUUCCGAGCAAAAGACAUACAUCGAGACACUUGCUGGAUGGGGGGCGAAGGUCAUAAGGCUAUGGGUAACAAACAUUGAUGAAGGGUGCUUGAAAGGAAGCACGAUCACCAAUUCCAUGCCGCCGCUCGAAACCUCCGUUGGCGUAUUUGAUACCACUGUGUUAGCUGAAUUGGACGCUACGCUGAAGCUUCUCCACGACAACGGGAUGAAAGCUAUCAUAUCUCCUCAUAACGCCAACUCACUAACUGGUGAUGUAGCCUGUGAUGCGUACUGCCAAAAAUAUACCGAUGCAUCUACCUUCUAUUCAUCGACCGAAGCCAAAGCAGACUACGACAAGCGACUAGAAAAGAUCCUCAACUACCAGUCGCCAAACUUUGGCGAAGCCUGGAAAAGCCUGAAUCAGGUGAUUAUGGCUUUCGACCUCCAGAACGAGCCUCUGAUCAAACAGCUCGACAAGUUGAACAACAAUGACCCGGAUGACUGGCUAUGUGGUCGUGCUGGAGUGAUGCGUAAUGCACUUGGAUCGUCUAAUAUCAAGAUCGCCACAGGCGGUAUUGGCGGAUCUCACUAUUGCUGUGACCACGAGUUCAAUACGCUGGAGAAGGCCAUGCAAUGCGAUGCAAUCGACAUCAUCAGUAUGCAUGGAUACAUGAGUAAGGCAUCCGACUGGGCCUACUACAUUACCGGCGACAAGGAAGUUUUGAGCGGAGCAAGAGCUGCAGGAAAGAACAUCAUGAUGGAAGAGUGGGGCGUUUCGACUGACUUCCAGGAUUCUUUCGACACUCAGGCCCAAAUAUUCAAUGAUGCUGGAGUUCCUUGGCUUUAUUGGCAGUUCGUCCCUGGCUUAGACGGUUCUGAGCCAGGAGCGCCGACCGGUUGCGGUUACGAUGGUUUUGAGAUUGGAUUGGACAGCCCUAAGGGUGAUGCUGCUGGCGCAAUUGCUGCAGCAAACGCGGCUACAGCGGCACAAAGUUGGGCAAAUUAUCUGAGAUAA